AUGCGCUUACUACCUGCCCAUCUCAGCCUGCUGGCUCUCGUCGUUCCCUCUGUUUAUGCGGCCUCUUGGGGUUUCGCUGAUGCCACGGUGUCAGUAAGUUCCAAGUCUGCCACAGGCAAAGUGAAACAAAGCCUCAAGGAAAAUGCGCCUUUGGCGACACCUCUCUCCCUCGGCGACUCGGACUCGCUGAAGCUUCUCCUCACAGCGCAGGAAGGCCGCAGCGCAAAGCGACCACACCAAGCAUUCUUGUUACUGAAAGACUCUACCACCGGCUUGGACUUUUCAUAUCCUUUCAGCGUAAAGAAUGACGGCAAGUCCAAGGUCGAAUUGAGAAAGAAAGACAUUCCCACUCAAUUCCUAGUCACCUCAGAGCCCGUCGAUGCUGAAAUCGUAAUCGGCUCAUUCGGAGAUUCCGACGCCUAUCGCAACCUCGCCUUCCAGCUAUCCAUCGCCGGUGAUGCAAGUGCGCCGGCCGCAUCUGACUCGGUAGAGAGAUAUGGAAAGCAGCCGAGGAUAAACCACGUCUUCAAAACCGACCCCAAGAGUCCCCCACAAAUUAUUACUUUGAUUUUCCUCUUGACCGUUUUAGUCACUAUCCCGGUUUUGGCGGGAAUGUGGAUGUACUUUGAUGUCAACCUCAACCACCUCACCGUUGCCUUGAAAGCCGCACCAAUUCCUCACAUCCUCUUCGUGUCGUCCGUUAUUGGUCUGGAGGGUAUCUUUUUCAUGUACUACACAAGCUGGAACCUGUUCCAAAUGCUUCCUGCUUCAUUGAUCGUUGGUGUCGUCGCUUUCCUCAGUGGAAGCCGUGCAUUGAGCGAGGUACAAGAGCGCCGACUAGCUGGCUUGCGGUAG